GUGAUUAGCCCUGCGGGCAAAGAGGGAGAUGUGGAGGUUCCAGCUAACGUGAGUAAUAUGAUCCUGCAUCCACCUCGGCGUAAACGUGCUCCUGGGAGGCGUAAGGAAAAGCGGAUUCGUUCGGUUACGAGAGUGAAGAAGGAGAAGCCUAAUAAGUACUAUAAGUGUUCACAGCCUGGGCACAACCGUACGAGUUGGCCGUUGCUAAAAUAG